AUGACUGUGUCUGAAUUCGGCAGGUCUCGGGUGCUUUACAGACGUAAUGGUGUCUCUGAUGUCAUCGAGGUGGGGAACACUACCGAACUGAAUGAUGUCAUUGCAUUACUUCGGUCCUUCUCUGGCGUUCCCAAGUCAUAUACAACUCUAGUUACCCCGUCUCUUGCCGAGCUGUGCGAGGAUGCGGUUGGCGUGGAACGUUUGUGGACCAGCUCCGCCGAGCGCACUGAGCCGAAAGACUUUGCAUGGCUUGAAGUUGAGACGGAGAGCGACGAAGUGAUGAGACAGGUUCUCUCGGCGUUUCCCAUCCAUUCCAAAACGAGCGAGCUGGUACGGAGUAGUGAAAAUAGAGUGGAGGUCGUGGAGAUAUUUCCGUCUUGCGGUUACGUAUGGGUUAGCAUCGCCGCCAAGGGGGCUGCAUCAGAGUCUAGCGUUCCUGAGGAUGAUGAACCUGUUGUAGUCUCACUGAUUGCGUAUGAGCAGUUUCUUAUCACGAUGCAUCGUAAACCUCUUUCGGGGUUUGAGGACAUGAAGGCGCACAUGGAAAUGCUUGUUAAGUCCCCAGCUUCGUAUGGGGCACCAGUUCCCACGGCCGUAUGCUCUCUAAUAAGUGGUUUUGUCAAGGAGUAUCAAAAGGAGCUACUAUCGUUACUUGUUGAUGUUGAUAACGUCAACGAAUUAGUUCUCGAAAUCCAACCCUCGGAGUGUGAUCAGCUGGAUUUGCUGCGACGUAUCGAUGAUCUUCGGCACAGUCUCUCGCGGGUGCAGGCAUCUUAUUUCGCCAAGGAGCGCGUGCUGCAGAGACUUCUUCUUCCUGUUGUGAAGCGUACUUUCAUAUCCUCUGCCGUAGGUGUUGCCGCUCGGUACCAAAGGAUGCUUUCCGGUUUAAUUCUUUCUAUUGAAAGGCUGCGGAAGGGUCGUGAUGUUCUCAAUAUGUCGAGCAUGGGCCUUGUAAGUGGUGUUUCAAUGCGGUUACUGCAGCGCUGUUAUUGGAUGGACUACUUGAAUAAUGUUAUGACGAUGAUGACGCUUGUUAGCAUGCCUAUAUCUAUUAUCCCGGGCCUUUUCACCAUGAACGUUCGUGUUCCCUUUGAGGACAGUGAGAGCUUCGUGCCCUUCUAUGUUAUUGUGGCAGUCACCGCUGGAAUUUUUUUCCUAGGGAUGUCGUACCCGGUGUAUUUGUACCUCACCUUUAAGUCUCCGGGCGCGCUGGUGCCCACUUCGCACUAG